UCCCUUUCUCCCUCAAAUAGACCCGGGGCUCCAGCGAAGCGAACCCCACGUCGAGUUCUCAUCCUUUUCUUCCAACUUUCCCCACAACCUCCUCUGAGAUUCCUCUCGCCCCCGCCCCGAGAAAUCUCCGAUUGAUCUCGCGAUGCGGAGCUCUGGCGCCGCCGCCUCGGCCCCUCCAGCCGCCAUGUACGGCUCCCACGGGGCGCCGCCCGCCUCUUCCGGCGGCUACUCCAAGAUCCCCAACUACCCCACGCCCCCGUCCGCCUACCCCAACCCCAAUCUUAGCCCGUCCCCGCCGGUCUGGGGGCGGCCGCCGGGUACUGAGCCGGCCCCGGCCCCGAUCCAGGACCCCACGGCGCCGCCGAACUCGCUCGCCAAGGCGGCCGAGCUCGUCACGCGGUUCCGGGAGCAGGGCCAGGCGCUCAUCGCCGCCCGCCGCCCGUGGGGAGAGGUCUUCCGCUCCCCUGCCUUCUCCAAGCCGCCCAACGUCGGGGAGGCCGUCUCCCGGAUGCGCCGCAACACGGCCUACUUCCGCGCGAACUACGCGCUCGCCGUGCUCUCCGUCGUCGCUGCGUCGCUGCUCUGGCACCCGGGCACCCUGUUCGUGCUCCUCGCGCUCUGCGCCGCCUGGUUCUUCCUCUACUUCGCGCGCCCCGCCGAGGGCGGCCAGCCGCUCCGGAUCUUCGGCACGGAGUUCGACGACGGGACCGUCCUGGCCGUGCUCUCCGGGGUCACCGUCAUCGCGAUGCUCUUCACCGACGUCGGCUGGAACGUCGUCGGGUCGGCCAUGAUCGGGGUUGCCCUCGUCGGCGCCCACGCCGCGCUCAGGUCCACCGACGACCUGUUCUUGACCGAGCAGGAGGCAGCCGGCAACGGGCUCAUGGCUGCCGGCCUUAGCGCCGCUGGGCCCAUAUUGCCCACAUACGUCCGCAUUGGUUGAUCGUGCAUCCCUUUCCGCCCAGCGUGGUAUGAUGGUGCCCAAGAUGCAUACUUUGUGCUUGCUUGCAACUGCCUGUUCAUGAUUGUUUUAUGUGGCACAGUAUCUAUUGGUUCUUCUGUUCGCCUGUAAAAAUACUAGCUUGGCUUGUGAUCUCACACUACGAACACAUAAAUUUUUCAUGUGAAUUGAGUUGGCAGUCGUGGUGUUCAUUUGUAAAGCUGAUAAUGGCCAUUGUGAUCCGAUUCUUUGGUAGUUUAUUACUGGCAGUGAUAUGUUGAUGUUUUUGUGCAAUUCUACCCCCUUACACCUU